AUGGCAGAAGUGGCUGGGCUUGUCGUUGGAGCUGUUGGUGUCCUAGGGAUAUUUUCAGCCUGUAUUGAGUGUUUCGAUAUCGUGGAUGCGGGAAGAAAUUAUAGCAAAGAACUCGAACAAUUGUCGGCACUGCUGGCUUUAGAACGACUUAGAUUCUGCAUUUGGGGACAGACAGUCGGUCUCGCUCCUCGCCAUGAUGGGACAAGCGCUCCCUACGAUAAAAUACUCGAUCGUCCAGAUAUCAGACCAGUGGUGGAGCAGACGCUGUACAAUAUAAAGUCCCUGUUAGAUGACGCGGGACUCGUCGUUGAAAGAUACAACGCGAAGGAAGAAAUUACACAGGAGUCGGCGGUUCAAAUCCACAAUGGCUUAGACAUAUUCAGAGCCUCUUACGAACAAGUCAAGUUGCGUAUUCGGAAGCAGCAAACCAACGCAUCAGCUUGGGAAGUGACGCGAUGGGCGGUACACGAUGCCAAGUCCUACAGUAACACAAUAUCACGUCUUCAGCAAUUUGUUGAUGGACUGGAAAAGGUCACUUCAUCCACGCACUUGGCGGAACAGCGAGCCCUCCUGCAGGAGGAGAUUGAGAAUGUCUCGAAUGUAGAAUCCCUUGAAUUACUCCGAGAUGCCUCUUCUACGUAUUCAGGGUCCUUGUCUGGAUCGUCAUUGUCUGGGAGUCGACUUCUAACUAAGCAUGUUGCAGAAUCUAUUCUGGAGGUUCAAACACAGCGUUCUGAGUCACUUCUGCAUGGCCGGAACUUGUCUGCUAUCGCCACAGGUUCAUACACAACAGGCUCUUCGAGUACAGAUGUUCGAAUACCAGGAGCGUUCCCAAAGAUACGGUCCAGGAAAACCUCCAUAGUUGCACCUUGUUGGGCAUGCAAGGCAGAAAAUCGCACCUGUUCUAUGAAAAACGAUGUUUUAAAAAACAAUGUGGAUGUCGGUAGCUGCGUCCGUUGCAGAGAAAUGGGCCGUCAUUGCACUCAUUCAUUUGGUGUCGAGACCUCGAAUUAUCGUUUUGACGGUGAGCCAUUUACCAGUGAAUAUCCCCCAGACGAACUAAUUGCCAGUGAGAGCGGGUUAUCACCAGAAGUAGCAAUACCACAAAACCAACGAAUAAUGAAUGAAGUGACCCGAAAGGAAACGGAUGCUCGGAAGCUUUGUUUUGCCAAGGGCGACGAGAAUUAUGGCAAAGUUCUCGCGCCUGUCAAAGAACAAGACGACACACGCUGGAUCAAUAAUUCCGGUCAGUUUCUCACACACGCAGCAACACACUCUUCCGCCGCCAAGCGGAUGUUCUUUGAACUAAGAAAUAUCAAGUCAGCCAAAGUACCAUUUGUUAGUGCUGCUCCACUUCAAGACAGUUUGGAUGUCAUCUUGGCAAGUAUCGAGGGACCACCAGACACUCCGUAUGAAGGUGGGAUUUUUUGGAUCAUAAUACGAAUAUCAGAAUCGGAUCCUUUCGGCCCACCUGUCAUGAGGUUUCAAACGAAGAUCUACCAUCCCAACAUAUCCCCGCAGGGGGAUAUUUGUACCGACUACUCGGACAAAUGGAGAUCCGUCUUGUCAGAUGGUCUCCAUGUCAGUGAUAGCUCUGCUGUGUGGUAUCCUUCCAAAUCGACCGAAAUCCGCUGGUCCUUAGGUGCACUUCUUGUUGCACUGUGCGGGCUGUUAGCAAGUCCUGAUAUUGACGAUCCGUUGGUGCCCGAGAUUGCAAGGACAUAUAUCGAGGAUUAUGAAGGCUAUUGCAAGGCUGCUCGUGAUUACACUUUCCGCUACGCAACUUCGUGUCGUCCGGAGGAGGAUGCUCUACGGGUCCCUGCUGGACAACAGGAUCACGAUCCCUGGCCUGAUAUGCUACGGCCAAAUGCCCCAUCGGUCAAGUUACCGGAGGAUGAUUCCGCUAGCAUCCAGCAGUCAUGGCGAGAGAAGUUAGAGCAUCGGGAAAGCAACAGGAAUCUUAACAGGUCCUGGAGCUCAAUCAGUGGUUCAUUACACCCACCUAUUUCGAGAACCGGGGUCUUUGAGCCUAUCACCCCACGACAGUCUUUUGGCGGAAUGGGGUUUCUCGCUGUACCAGGUUCUAUAUCUGAACCACCAAGUUCGUCUAUCUCAAGCUCCAUUACUGUACCUUCAAUCCCGGAUCAGAAAAUCAUGUUGAAUUUUAGAACAACGGCUUCCUCAGAUGUCCUUUUUCCAAUGGAACGACAGAUCGAUGCUAAAUAUCAAGAGGUCUCCGGCGUCAUUAUAUGGGAGGGGAUUGUGCUGCGCUUGAAAUCUUUUCUCGUCGUCUCACGUUGGAAAAAAAUGCGACUAGUUGUAUGCUCAGACGGUCUCAAAUUCCUCGAAAAAAAUGGUGAUCGUCUCUGUCCAGAUAUCCCCUUCACUAAUAUUUCGAAGCUUGAAAAAGGAGCUUACCGAUACCAGAAGUCUUGCAUAAGUGCUACGAUACGAAAGUCUAAAGGAAUUGAGACAAUUCACUUCCAGCCUUCGGAUAAUGAUGCUGUCCUUGAUCAAACCCUCAUAUUGUGGGAGAUUUUCAGAACCCACGUGUUGGAUAUCAAGGAACCAUUUUAUGAUUUAUUUGGGGACCACGGGCAGUUGAAAUAA